AGAGGCGAGAGGCGACCGCACGCUCGAGGGAUAGAACUUCUGCUGAGAGCACGAAACCAUGGCGUAAACCUCAAGCGCUGUUCUCUCACACACUCCCAUCGCAAAUAUAAUCUCAGCUCACAAUCUCACUUUUGCCUCCACAAACCCUAGAAAAUGUCCGGCGGGUUUUUCCGGGGCACUUCUGCCGAGCAGGACACUCGGUUUUCAAAUAAGCAAGCGAAGCUGUUGAAAUCGCAGAAAUUCGCUCCUGAAUUGGAACAUCUGGUGGACAUCUCGAAAGUGAAGAUGGAUGUGAUUAGACCAUGGAUUGCUACUAGGGUGACCGAGCUUCUUGGUUUCGAAGAUGAAGUUCUUAUCAACUUCAUUUAUGGUCUUCUUGAUGGAAAGGAAGUAAAUGGCAAGCAAAUCCAAAUAUCACUGACUGGAUUCAUGGAGAAAAAUACUGGAAAGUUCAUGAAGGAGCUUUGGUCCCUUCUCCUGAGUGCGCAGAACAAUGCAAGUGGUGUUCCUCAACAGUUCUUGGAUGCCAAAGAAGAGGAAACCAGGAAGAAAAAGGCAGAUGUAGAUCGGAUAGCAAGUGAAAUUCAGAAGAAGAAAGAUAAGGAAAGUAGAGAACGUGACCAAGAGAGACGGAAGAUGGACGGCGAUGUUGAAAUGAAGCCUGCUGAAGCUGAAUUGGAGCCAUCCUUGAGGCAGCUAUCAAGGGUUCCAAGUGAAAAUCCUGAUGAUGAGAGAGAUGCUGGACGAAGGAAUGGUGUGAGAAGAAGAAAGAGGGCUUCUGGAUCUCCUCAUUCAGCUGAUCGUUCUCUGUCAUCCCCUCAAAGAUCGAGAUCCAGAUCAGUUAGCAGGUCCCUUUCUAAUUCUAGAAGUUAUCCAAAACACAGGUCAAGAAGUGUCUCUAGAUCACCCGAACCACAACAUCGAUCCAUAUCUUCAGAUAGGAUGAAACGUUCUCCAAGAAGAAGAUCAUUGACACCUCAGCCUAGGCAUUCACCUCGUGUUUCUCUCUCCCCUCCCAGAUGGAAAUCUUAUAGGCGAAGGUCUAGAUCACGAUCACCUCGCAGAUCACGAUCUCCUGUACGACGUAGGUUGCGAUCUCCAUACCGGCGCAGAUCCCCUUCGCCUGUGUGGCGUAGAUCCCCUUCUCCACGCCGUAGAUCCCCAUCUCCUGGCCGACGCUCAUCCCCUGCUCGGCGUCGCAGGUCUCCAUCACCUACUAGACGUGGCAGGUCUCGAUCACCUGUGCGCCGCAGAUCUCCAUCACCAGUGCGACGUAGAUCACCCCUUCCCUUUCGACGAAGAUCACCAUCUCCCUUUCGACGAAGAUCACCCUCUCCCUUGCGUCGACGGCGUCAGAGGUCUCCAACUCCACGUCGCAGGUCACCGUCUCCUAUGCAACGUAGACCACCUCCUUCCAGCCGAAGGAGAUCAUCUACCCCUUCCCGAGGUAGAUUGGCUUCACCUUAUGGAUCAAGUUCUCCAUCUUCUGCUCGACGUGGCUCCCCUCCACCAAUUAGGAGGAAAUCUUCAAAGGAACAUAGGAGAUCACCUUUAGAAUCUCCGCAUGAAGGGGAUAGACUGCAGGAAAGAUUGUCUCCAGUGAAACGUCAGUCUUCUAGCAUGAGGUCACUGCAGCGAGAUCCAAGGAAUCAGAAAGAAUUACAGAAUAAAGUUUCAGUUUUGCCUUCAUCACCAGAAAGGUCUCCAAGUGUUUCUGAAUCACCAACUAAAACAAGGAAGAGGGCUGCUAAUGAUUAUGGAAGUCCAUACAAGAGUCCUUUGAGGCAAGUGAGGGAGCGGGUGACUCAUAAUGGAAGUGGGAGUCCUCAAAGAAAAGCAGGGGAAUUUAAGUCACAUCAGAACAGUCCAGAAACUAGCAAAGAAAAUGAAGACAACAACCAAGCUAGGGAGGAUGACAAUGGUAGUUCUAGGUCUUCACAUAGAAGAUCCUUGCAUUCACCUAAUGUCAGUAAGCAGAAGAAUUCUCCUCUCAAAAAUCUUUCCCCAGAAAAUAAGAAUGAAAAUUCCUUUGGGAGGGAAGUUCGUCCAGGAACUCCUGAUCAACAGAGUUCACCAAUAUCUGAUGAAAGGGGCCACUUUCGUCAAAAUGAAGUGAGGGACAAUUAUCAAUCCCGUAAAACAGAGACAGUGGCAACGCUUGUUGAAAAAGUUGAUCAUAAUAACCAACACUUCAAUUCUGAUUCUGAAGGAAAAGAUAAUCACAGAUCUAAACGCAAGGAAAAGAGAAAGCAUAGAAGAUCGGAGAGACAAGAAGUAACUUCUGAUGAGGAUUAUAGUUCUGAGUCUGAAAUAGAAGACAGGAAGGAGGCUAAAAGGAGGAGGAAAGAAGAGAAAAGAUUACGAAAGGAGGAGAAGCGUAGACGGCGUGAGGAGAGGCAUCGUAAAAGAGAAGAAAGACGUGCAGAGAAGCUGAAAUUGAAGAACCAAGAUGACUCUAAUGCUUCAGAUGGUGGGCAUGUCUCAAAGAGGGAGCCCCAUUCAAGUGAUGAUGAAGAGACAGUCUCUGACCAGAAGAAGCUUGAGAUUGAGCUAAGGAAGAAGGCACUCGAAUCGCUCAAAGCAAAGAAGGGCAUUAAUCGCUAAAUCUUGUCCCUGGAACAAUGAUUUGCCAUUUUAGCAUACUGUCCUGAUCAGACAUAUUUAAUUUUGAUAUUGGAGUCACUUUUCAUAUUGGAGUUAUGAAGUUUCAUAUUGGGGUGAUUUUUCAUAUUGAAGUUUAAUGUAGUCUGUGUUUACUGCUGGCAGCUGGAAUGGAUAAAAUGAGGAUUUCCUGAGCUUUUCUCUUGAGUGCAACUUUAUGCAGACCUCACUGCUGGUAACAACUGUCUUCCCUCAGUGGGGAAUUUGAUUUUCUUGUUGGGUGUUUAGGGGUUGCCUUGAUUACUAGGGGUUGCCUUGAUUACUCGUGCUUGCCUAUUGUGCUUUUAUGCAUCUUUUAAUCUGAUUUGAUCUUUUGUUACUGACCUGGGAAAUUGUGUUUGCCCAACAUUUGCUGGAAGGUAUUAAUGGGAUCCUUAGGGUUAAAUGAUUAUUUAAUUGUUGCUCAGAGAAAUAUUUAAAUAUUUUUUCUUGUCAUUUGCAUUAGUAUGUCAAUGAACUAAAUGAGCCUUCUGGUCAAUUUUUAGAUGAAUUUAUUGUCAACUAGAUGACUUGGUUGAGCAGGCUGUGGAGAUCCACAAUUUGAACCUCAACUCAGGUGAAGUAUUUUUAUUCUUGCUGGGGCUCUUUAGAAGAAAUCAGUAUGUAGGUGAUCCUCUGUGUGUGUUUAUACUUAGCUGCUUCUUACUUUAUCUUGGUUUGACCUCUAUGGUUGGCAGCUUGAAAGUUGUUCCAGGGACUUUGUUUUCUAGUGGUGCUAUAAUUCUCAGACUCAUGGUCCUGAUUUUGUGCUGUAAAGUAUCUGCAGAUGGCUUCAUCAUGUAUGUAUUCACAGUGGUUUACUCUCUAUAAGGAUAUUCCUUUGUGUCUUAAAGUUAUUGAUUAUUUGCAAUACCUAAACAACCUGUGCGAAGAUCUUACUGU